AUGACCGGAGCAAGCCGCCGGAGCACGCGUGGUCGCAUCAAAUCAUCACCCUCCGGCACGGACGAAGGCCUCGAUCCGCUUCGUUAUAACCACAACCACCGAGGCAAAGGCAAGAAGGAACUCUUAUCAAUCGGCGCAUUCAAAUCAAAUCUCAAGAUACUUGUCGGAUUAAUGCUUCUAGGUAUCGCAAUCAUCUACUUCGUCAUCAACCAAAUCAUUACCCACGAUCUAAUCUCACAGAAGCCCCUUAGGGUUAUCACUCCUUUCCCCGCUCCAAAACUCAUGGAUUUAUCUAUGUUUCAGGGAGAGCAUAAGGAGAGUUUGUACUGGGGGACUUACCGUCCUCAUGUUUAUUUUGGAGUUCGUGCGAGGACUCCAGAGUCUCUUGUGGGUGGUUUGAUGUGGCUUGGUGUUAAGGAUGAGAUGUAUGUUAUGCGUCAUUUCUGUGAGAACUCUGAUGAUCUUGGAUCGUUUGGUUGGAGAGAACAUAAUGGGAGGGAUUUUGGGAGGCAGGAGCUGGUUGAGAAUGAUAUGGUGUUGGAGACGAGUUUUGUCAAGUCUAGAGGGGAUGGGUUUGGUUAUGGAGGGGAUUGGUCUGUUCGGAUUCAUGUUAAAAAUAAAGGGUUGAAUGGUGAUGCAAAGAGGAGUGCACAUCUCUUCUUUUAUUUAGCUGAUGAAGGUGGCAGUGUUCUUAAUCUAGGCCAAGAUGCUUUAGAUUUUCAAGGGAGUUCUCUCCUGGUUUCGGGUUCACGUGAAGAUGUAGGAGACUGGCAGCUACACUUAAGAUCUCAGAAUCAGCUUGAGACACAUUAUUCUGGUUUCAAGACGCCUCACAUAUAUAAUCUGUCUGAUCUAGUCCAGCGAAACCUCGCUCUGCAGGCGAGGAAGUUUGGACGACUUCAGCUGUCUGACACAUCAGAGGAUUCUUCCAACAUUUACAUCUUUCAGAUUUCUGGCAAGCUUCCAUUUACGAUAGAUAUUCCCUUCGUAUCCGGGAUCAAAGGAGAAAGUUCAAACGUGGAAAAGCGAUUAACAAGUCUCACAGGUUUGCCACUUUCUGACCUGCUUCAAAGAAAACAUAAAGAAUUUGAUGCGAAGUUUACGGAAUGCUUCAAAAUUUCUGGAGAGCAUGAUUCAGAAACAUUGGGGGUUGGCAAGACAGCAUUUGCAAACAUGCUUGGUGGCAUUGGUUACUUCUAUGGUCAAUCAAAAAUUCAUGUUCCUAAAAGCACUCAGGCAAGUAUUUACAUCCUUCUUCUUCCUGAUAGUCAGGAUAAUUUCUUGCUCUAUUGGCCAGCCGAGCUAUACACAGCCGUUCCAAGCCGACCCUUUUUUCCUAGGGGAUUUUUGUGGGACGAAGGUUUCCAUCAGUUGUUGAUCUGGCGCUGGGAUUUCCGUAUAACGUUGGAUAUCGUUGGACACUGGUUAGACCUAUUGAACAUAGAUGGAUGGAUUCCACGUGAGCAAAUUUUGGGUGCUGAAGCUUUGAGUAAGGUUCCAGAGGAGUUCGUAGUUCAGUACCCGAGUAAUGGCAAUCCACCAACUCUGUUUUUGGUGAUACGUGAUCUGAUAGAUGGUAUCAAAACGGAAAAGUUUACCGCAUCAGAAAGAGAUGAGAUAUUGUCAUUCCUUGAGCGGGCAUAUGUACGCUUAGAUGCAUGGUUUCAGUGGUUUAAUACUUCCCAGACAGGAAAGGAGAGAGGAAGCUACUUUUGGCACGGCAGAGACAACACAACAACUCGAGAACUCAACCCUAAGACGCUUUCCUCAGGGCUAGAUGAUUAUCCCAGGGCUUCGCACCCAAGUGAAGAUGAGCGACAUGUUGAUCUUAGAUGCUGGAUGUACCUCGCUGCAGAUUGCAUGCAUUCAAUCACAGAGCUUUUAGGAAAAGAAGAUAAGCUUUCGAAGGAGGAUUACAAUUCAACUGCCAAGCUGCUUUCGAAUUUUGAUCUUCUGAAUCAGAUGCACUAUGACAAGGACCAUGGGGCUUACUUUGACUUUGGUAACCACACAGAAAAAGUUAAGUUGAUAUGGAAGGAGGUAGUUUCAGAAAAUGGUCACUUAUCUCGACAGCUUGUGAGGAAGACUUUUGGAAAACCGAAGCUAACAUUGGUUCCUCAAGUGGGUUAUGUCAGCUUCUUUCCUUUCAUGUCUAGAAUCAUCCCACCUGAGUCUCCAAUCCUAGAGAAACAGCUUGAUCUCAUUUCAAACAGGAGCAUUUUAUGGAGUGACUAUGGACUAGUUUCUCUUGCCAAAACCAGUUCAAUGUAUAUGAAACGUAACACUGAGCAUGAUGCACCAUACUGGAGAGGUCCUAUAUGGAUGAACAUGAACUACAUGAUUCUUUCAUCUCUGCACCAUUACUCUAAAGUGGAUGGUCCAUAUAGCGAAAAAGCAAGAGCAAUUUACAAGGAACUAAGGAGCAAUUUGAUAAGGAACGUGGUUAGAAACUAUUAUGAGACAGGGUACAUAUGGGAACAAUAUGAUCAAGAUAAGGGAACAGGCAAAGGCACACGCCUCUUCACCGGCUGGUCUGCGCUUACCUUGUUAAUUAUGUCCGAAGAGUAUCCCAUUUUCUGA